CAGAGGGCCCCUGGCCCCAGAACCUAGGGGAAAGUCUGUGCAAGCCUCACUGAGAUGCAGCUGCCAGGCCAGGAGGAGUUUGAAGUCUCCAGUGCUUGUGAAAAUGUGCCCACUGGAGAGAUGGACAGUGUCCCUGGAUCUGACCCCAGCCCUGAUGGCCCCUUAGACACAGGCAGCAGGGACCUGAGGGUACCCAAGGACCCUCUGCUCUUCAUUCAGCUGAAUGAGCUGCUGGGCUGGCCUCAGGCGCUGGAGUGGAGGGAGACAGGCAGGUGGGUGCUAUUUGAAGAGAAGCUGGAAGUGGGUGCAGGCCGGUGGAGCGCCCCCCAUGUGCCCACCCUGGCGCUGCCCAGCCUUCAGAAGCUCCGCAGCCUACUGGCCAAGGGCCUUGUCCUGCUAGACUGUCCAGCUCAGAGCCUUCUGGAGCUCGUGGAGCAGGUGACCAGAGUGGAGUGGCUGAGCCCAGAGCUGAGGGGACAGCUGAAGGCCUUGCUGCUGCAGACACCCCAGCACCUCAUCCAGUCCACCGGCACCAGUCCUUGCCAGGGAUCUGCCCAACCAAGAGAGGCUUCUCAUGAUGAGGAAGCCCCCCUGAAGGAACAGCAUCAGAACCCCCUGAAACGGAAACUCCCUCCAGAGGCUGAGGCUGGGGCUGUGUUGGCAGGAGAGCUGGGCUUCCUGGCGCAGCCACUCGGGGUCUUUGUGCGACUGCAGGAACCAGUGGUGCUGGGGCCCCUUACUGAGGUGCCCCUCCCCAGCAGGUUUUUCUGCCUCCUCCUCGGUCCCCCGACAUUGGGAAGGAGCUACCGUGAGAUGGGCCGGGCAGUGGCCGUCCUCCUCAGCGACCCUCAAUUCCAGUGGUCAGUUCGUCGAGCCAGCACCCCUCAUGACCUUCUGGCAGCUCUAGAUGCCUUCCUAAAGGAGGUGACAGUGCUCCCUCCAGGUCGGUGGGACCCAACAGCUCGGAUUCCCCCGCCUAAACGUCUGCCCGCUGAGCACAAAAGGCUCCCCUCGCAACUGCGGGAGGCCAAGAGCCCCUCUGCCCAGCGAGGGGCCCUGGCUGAGGACAGGCAUGGCCGCGGGCCGCACAUACCCAACCCAGAGUUGCAGCGGACGGGCAGGCUGUUCGGGGGCCUUGUCCAGGACGUGUGCCGGAAGGCCUCGUGGUACCCCAGCGACUUCUCGGACGCCCUGCACCCUCAGUGCUUUUCAGCCGUGCUCUACAUUUACCUGGCCACUGUCACUAAUGCCAUCACUUUCGGGGGUCUGCUGGGAGAAGCCACCGACGGUGCUCAGGGGUUGCUGGAAAGCUUCCUGGGCACAGCAGUGGCUGGAGCUGCCUUCUGCCUGAUGGCCGGCCAGCCCCUCACCAUCCUCAGCAGCACUGGGCCAGUGCUGGUCUUUGAACGCCUGCUCUUCUCCUUCAGCAGAGAUCACAGCCUGGACUACCUGCCCUUCCGCCUGUGGGUGGGCAUCUGGGUGGCCACCUUUUGCCUGGUGCUGGUGGCAACAGAGGCCAGCGUGCUGGUGCGCUACUUCACCCGCUUCACCGAGGAAGGCUUCUGUGCUCUCAUCAGCCUCAUCUUCAUCUAUGAUGCCGUGGGCAAAAUGCUGGACUUGACCCGUGCCUAUCCCAUCCAGAGACCUGGUUCUCCCGCCUAUGGCUGCCUCUGCCAGUAUCUGGGAGGAAAUGAGUCUCAGUGGACAAGCACAAAGCCAAAAGAUAGAGAUGACAUCUUAAGCAUGGACCUAGGCCUGGUCAAUGCAUCCUUGCUGCCCCCACCUGAGUGUGCCCGGCGGGGAGGCCACUCUCGUGGCCCCGGCUGUGACAUGGUCCCAGACAUCGCCUUCUUCUCCAUCCUCCUCUUCCUUAUCUCCUUCCUCUUUGCCACAGCCCUCAAGCACGUAAAGACCAGCCGCUUCUUCCCCUCGGUGGUGAGUGUCAUUUCUCUUUCUGUGGGGCAAAAUUGGCUCUUGGCCUCGAGUCCUGUCUGCAAAUUGAAAGGGGUACAGAAGCAGGGGGAUGGUGGCCUCAGCCUGACCAAGUGUCCACCGUGUGGCCAGGUGCGUAAGGUGCUGGGAGACUUCUCCUCGGUCCUGGCCAUUCUGCUGGGCUGUUGCCUUGAUGCCUACCUGGGCCUAGCCACACCGAAGCUCAUGGUGCCCAGAGAGUUCAAGCCCACACUCCCUGGGCGUGGCUGGCUGGUAUCACCGUUUGGGACCAACCCCUGGUGGCUGAGUGUGGCAGCCGUCCUGCCUGCCCUGCUGUUGUCUAUCCUUAUCUUCAUGGACCAGCAGAUCACAGCGGUCAUCCUCAACCAUGCCAAAUAUAGACUUCAGAAAGGAGCUGGCUUCCACCUGGACCUCUUCUGUGUGGCUGUGCUGAUGCUGCUCACAUCAGCACUCGGGCUGCCCUGGUAUGUCUCAGCCACUGUCAUCUCCCUGGCCCACAUGGACAGUCUUCGGAGAGAGAGCAGAGCCUGUGCCCCAGGGGAGGCUCCCAGCUUCCUGGGCAUCAGAGAGCAGAGGCUGACGGGCCUGGUGGUGUUCAUUCUCACAGGAACCUCCAUCUUCCUGGCACCUGUACUCAAGUACAUCCCGAUGCCUGUGCUCUAUGGCAUCUUCCUGUACAUGGGCGUGGGAGCGAUUAGCAGCAUCCAGUUAACGAAGAGGGUGCAACUGUUAUUGAUGCCAGCAAAGCACCAGCCGGAUCUUCUGCUCUUGCGGCAUGUGCCUCUGAGCAGGGUCCACCUCUUCACAGCCAUCCAGCUUGCCUGCCUGGGUCUACUUUGGAUAAUCAAGUCUACCCCUGCAGCCAUCAUCUUCCCCCUCAUGUUGCUGGGCCUGGUGGGGAUCCGAAAGGCACUGGAGUGGGUCUUCUCACCGCGGGAACUCUUCUGGCUGGAUGAGCUGAUGUCAGAGAAGGAGAGAAGCAUUCCUGAGAAGGGGCUGGAGCCAGAGUACUCAUUCAGUGGAAGUGACAGUGAAGAUUCAGAGCUCAUGUAUCAGCCAAAGGUUCCAGAAAUCAACAUCUCUGUGAAUUAGCUGGAGUAGGAGUAAGGAGUGGAGGCUCCAGGAAACAGAGCAUGAGGUAUUUACUCCGGAAGUUGUCCUUUGGUUUAACUGCCAGAUGCUCAGUCAUCUGGAAAACUGGAACAGUGGGGCAGGACUGGAAGGCAGCUGGCCAAGACCUCAGUCACCCUCCUGAGCUGGGGGUGGAGAGUGGCAGGGAACAAGUAGGUAGGCAUUGCAGUUAGGGAAGUCUGGUAAGCCAGAGGGACUGAGGAGGCCCUACUGACUCUCUACCCCCAUUAAACGAACCUGAGUCCAGAGGCCCUUGCUAUUGCGAACUUUCUGUCCUCACAGAUUGUCUUUUACAGAAUCAGGGGGUUGUCAUGGAACUCUUUUUGGUCUACAAAAGGAAAAAAAGUCCCUCUUUCCAGAAUAAGUAUUCCUCUAUUUAAAACAGUUUUUCUUUUUUUUUUUUACACAUAUAAAAUAAACUUUGGGUGUUUUUGACCACAAAAGUAAUUGAGAUUGCUGCAAAAUAUUGGACCACUACAGAAAUGUAUAAUUUUUGAAAUGGAAACUACCCCAGAGAUAACUAGUGUUCACAUUUUAGUGCAUAUUAUUCAGAUUUAUUGAGUUCUAUAAACACACUUGACACUUACUAUGCAUUAGAUGUUUUUCCCAUGUCAAUACUACAUACAUAUUUAACUUACUCUUUUUGCAUAGAAUAAAUAGCUAUAAGUUGAAAAAGAUACCAUAUACACAAAAGAGUAUAUAAAAUAUCUUCUGUAAGUGCAAGAAUUUCUCCAGAGUAUAUACUUAGGAGGAGAAUUAAUGAGUAACAAUAAAAAGAACACCUGUGUAUCCAACACUCAGGUUUAGAAAUAGGAUAUUCUUAGUAACUCAGAAGUACCCCCAAUAUUGUAUCCCCAACUCCAUGGAAACACUAUCUAAAUUUAUAAAUUAUCUAAUAAUUAUGUUCUCAUUUUUCAUAUAGUUUUAACAUCUAUUUAUGUAUGUUUAUGUGUUUAUUAUUUUGCCUGUUUGUGAAUGUUAUAUAAAUGGAAUCACAGUGUAUGAAUUCUGUAACUGCUUUUUUCACUCAGCAUUGUUUUGAGAAUCAAUCAUGUGAAUUGAUGCAGCUGUAGUUUGUUCAUUUUCAUUGCUGUGUAGCACUCUGUUCCAUGACUCUACCACAAUUCAAUUAUUCAUUUUACUGUUGGCUCGAAGAAUUCACUGCUGAAGCUAUCUGGACCUGGUGCUUGCUUUGUGGAAAGUUAACUGAAAUUCUUUAAUGGUUAUUGGAUUUUUUUAUUUUAAUUAAAGACUAUAUUUUUUAACACAGUUUUAGGUUCAGGUUGUAGGAAUUUCAGGCUCUUUAUUUUCUUCUCUAGCCAGUUUUGGUGAAUUGUAUUUUUCUAGGAAUCUAUUCAUUUUAUCUAAGUUUUCAUAUUUAUUGGCAUAAAGUUAUUAUAUCCUUUAUUUGUUUAAUCUAUGUAGCACAUUUAGCUAUAGUUUCCAUAUCAUUUUUAAUAUUAUUUGCAUUCUCUUUUUUUCUUUUUGGUUCUUGGUUACUCUUGCCAGAAGUUAGUCUAUUUUAGUCUACAUUAAUUUCUACUCUUUAAUAUUUCCUUCCAUUUUAUUUUUCUAACAUCUUAGUUCAUUAUUUUGAGCCUGAGUUACUUCCUGAUGUAAGCAGUACUGCUAUAGAUUUUCUUCAAAGUACACUUUAGCUGCAUCUCACAGUUUUGAUUAUAGUAUUCUCAUUAUCAUUUAUUUCUAAGUUUUUUCUAAUUCCUACUGUGAUUUUCCUUUUGACCCAUAUGUUGUUAAGAAGUACAUUUUAAUAAUUUCCAAACAUGUUUUUUCCUCUUAAUUAUCUUUUUGUAACUGAUCUCUAAUUUAACUGCAUUUAGACAUUUGUGAGGCUAACUUUAUGACCUGGCCAUAAAUGUUCCAUGUAUGCUUGAAAAGAAUGUUUAUGCUCCAAUUUUGGGAAGCAAUUUUUUAUCUGUUCCUAUUAGGCCAGCCUACUAAUUGUGCUGAUCAAAACAUUCUAUAUCUUUCAUAACUUCUUUUUGGGUCUCUUUGAACUAUCAAAUACUGGAGGAGGAAUGUUAAUAUACUAUGAUAAUGAAUUUGUCAAUAUCUCCUUGUAGAUAUGUCAAUUUUGUUUUUAGGUAUUUUUAAUAGCUGUGUUAUUGGGUGCUUUCUAGUUUAGAAUGGCUAUAUUUUCCUAAUUAACUGAUACAUUUAUAGUUUUGUACUGAUCUUAUUUUGUAAUGACUAAUAAUGCUUUCUGCUUAAAAGUUAUUUUCUCUUCUAGAAAUAUAGUUAAGCUUUCUUUUUGGUUAGAAUUUACCUAUAUUGUAUAUUGGUAUCCUUUGAAUUUUAGCCUUUCCGUGUUUUUAUAUUUUAAGUGUAUCUAUUAUUACCACCACAGAAUCAGAUUAGUGGUUUUUUAAAAUCCAAUUUGAUAAUGUCUUUUUUUUUAAUGAUGAUAAUGUCUUUUAGCUAGAGAACUCAAUACAUUUACAUUUAGAGUGAUUACUGAUAUAUUUGGUUUUGUUUUAUUUGGUUUUCUAUUGUUCUGUUUUUCUGUUUCUUUUCCUUUUUCUUGUCUUAUUUUGGAUUGGUUGAGCUAUUCCUGUCUUUUCUUUUUCUUUUCCAUUUUCCUCCCUCUACUCAUUUGGGAUAUGAGAAAAAGGGAAGUCAAGGAUGACUACAGUGUUUUUGUCAUAAGAAACAGGAAGAAUGGAAUUACCAUUAAGUGAUUCCACAUUUGGACAUCUUAAGUAUGAAGCCUUUUAUAUAAUAAGGUAGAGAUGUCAUAUAGGCAGCUGAACAUGCAAAUAUGAAGUUUGAGGGGAGGUCUGAUUCAGAAGUAAAAAUUUGUAAGUUUAUUAGUAUAUGAAUUAUAUUUAAAAUAGAUAGCAAGAUUAACCAAGGGAGUGGAUGCAGUUAGAGAAGAGAUUCAAGGACCAAAUCUUGGAAUACUCCAGUGUUUAGAGGUAGGAGGUUGAGGAGCAACCAGGAAAGGAGAAGACUGAUGAGUGGCCUGUGAUAUGGGAGCAAGACCAGGAGAAUAUUCUUGAAGUAAGAAAAUGUUUCAUGGAGAGGUGUUUCUGGUUACAAUUUGUUUUGGGAUCAUUCUAACUCAUUACUUUUGUGCUAGUUCAUUAUGAAUUUUAAAGUUAAAAAUUACAUUUAACCUAGCAUUUUAGUUGUUUUGGAUCCUAAUAUUAUAUUCUAAGUAUCUACUGAUUGAGAAAAAUAUGUAUCAAAAUUAUCAUUUAAACUUAGAUAAUUGUAUAUUUUACUCAUUUCAAUAGCAUCUUCAUAUUGUUGAAAACAUCUUUGUUUAGACUUACUUAUUUAAACAGUCAACAAAUAUUUAUUGACCAUCAACAAUGUCCUGGCAGAUAAGGUUUCUGGCGUCAUGGAGUUUACAUUUACAGGGAAGGAGAGAAGUAACGAACAACAAAUAAGAUCAUCUCAGAUAAAGGCAAAUACUCUGAAGAAAAUCAAACAGGGUAAUAUAAUAAGGACAGGGAGAAGACAUUACUUAAGAUGGAUGUUCAGGGAUGGCUUCUCUGAGGAGGCCUUUAAGGUGACAAGGAAUCAGCCAAAUUAUAAUCUGCCUGUUGGGGUGUAAACAUACACAUAAAUUUAAGAGUUCUACAGUCCUUAGAUUGGGAACCAAUGUCAUAAGAGAAAGAUUUUGAGGUCAGUACUGGCGUCAAACUUAGCCCUGAGCUUGCUCAGUCUAGACCAUAUGAGCCUGGGAUACUUUCUUGGCUCUAACCUAUAGGCUUCAGCUUCCUGUCAGUAAAAUGGAGCCAAGAGCCUGGAUUCUAGGGUGCUGCAAGGGUUAAUUGAUGCCUUCAACAUUCUUUAAGAUCUUUAGAUGAAAGACCCAGGGCUGAAUAGAGGGUUAUUAGAGCCUCCCAAGCCCCAGGGAAAUGUCUCCAUAUCAGUAACCUAGGUUCUCUCCUCUCCAGUCUGUAGCUGUGGGACAAUGGUUCUCAAAAUUUUGUGGCAUUGGAAUCAAAGGUUGUUAUAAUAUGAAUUCCUGGAGUCUCUGCCUAGGGUUCUGAUUCUCCCUGAGGUUCUGGGUUCUUGCCUUCUUAGAUCUGUGUUCUUCUGUCCAGUGGCCUCAUGCUUCCCAACACUAUAGACUUUUGUCUUUGCAAAUGGACCUGAGUGUGCACUUGUCCACAUAUACUAUGGUCAGAGACAUCUUUGAUCAUUUUUCCUGAGAGCAAUCCAGAGCAUAGAUUGGGGAAGGCAGGAAUGUGUCUGUAUUUACUUCUCAAAUGCAGACAUAUGUUAGAAGAAGGAUUUGGGGGAAGCUGUUGAAUAAAAGGAGGGAGGAACUGCCACCUAGUACAAAGUGGGAGAAGGUGAUUACAAGGAAAGUAAUUAAUUCUGGUUUGAAGAUCAGUUCAUUGCUUCUUACCCCUCUUUCUGGUGCUGAAUCUCACAGUAGGGGCUGUCCAAGGCUUGACUAAUCAAUUCAUUCAUUCAUUCAUUCAUUCAUUCAUUCAACAAAUACAUAUGUGUUAAAUAUCUAUCAUAUGCCAGGCAGUAUUCUAUGUAUAGGAAUUCAGUGUUAAAUAAGACAAGAUCUCUGCUCUCCAGGAGUUUCCAUUCUAGUAGAGGGAGACAAAAAUAAGUAAGUAUGUAAAGAUAUAUGAAUAAGACUGUCAGACAGUUUUAAGUGAAUAGUAAAAGCUAAUGUAAAAAAAAAAGCUAAUGCAAUAAAGAGGGUAGGUGACUACAAUAGAUUAACAUUUGAACAAAUACCUGAAUGACAAAAAGAAGUCAGCCUUGGGAAUUGGGGGUGGGGUGUGGUGGGGAAUGGAAGGGAAGCAUUUUUGGCAAAGGGAGUAUCAGAGCAAAGGCUCUCAGGCAGGAAGGACUUCAGAAUGUUUGAGAAACUGAGAAAAGGCCCAUCCAUAUAGCUAGAGUGGAGAAGCGAGGGAGAGAAAAUUGCAAGAUGAGGUUGGAGAGUCUGAGGAUUAGGGCUGUAGGUUACCAUAAUAAAUACCUUGGAAGAAGCAGUGUGGGUGAAGCCUUGUCUCCUAGGGUAGGGAUAGUAGAGGCCAACUUAGAAUUGUGAAAACAAUCUUGAAAAUGAAGAACCAAGUUGGAGGACUCACACUCUCCAAUUUCAGAAUUUAAUUCAGAGCUACAGUAAUCAAGACAGUGUGGUACCAGCGUCAGGAAAGACAUACAGAAUUGACAGUCCAGAAACAAACCCUCACACUUAGGUCAAUUAAUUUUUGAUAAGGGUGCCAAGACAAUUUAAUGGUAAAAGAAUAGUCUUUUCAACAAAUGGUGAAGAGAAGGUAUAACUCAGUGUUAGAGUGCGUGCUUAGCAUGCAUGAGGUCCUUGGUUCAACCCCCAGUACCUCCAUUAAAUAAAUGAACCUAAUUAC